ACUUCGUCCCCCGCCGCCUUGCGGUGAGUUCGGCUUGCUCUGUAGCCCGAUCACAAUCUGUAUCGCUUUCUCUCACAGUUAAAGGCGCCGUGUGCUCGCGCCCGGCCCUCCUCCCUCUUCCUCCGUACCUCUACCUUUUCCCGGACCCAUAGACUGCCGAUCCGCACGAUGAGCUCCCCCGCCGUUCUCGCCGCCAAGGCAGCUCUUGCGAGCAUAGAUCUCUCCAGCUACGAUGCGGAGCAGAGCCGACUGAUGGACGAGCGCUGCAUCCUCGUCGACGAGGAGGAUAACGCGAUCGGUGCCAUGGACAAGAAGACAUGCCAUCUCAUGGAGAACAUCAACAAGGGCCUUCUGCACCGCGCGUUCUCCGCGUUCGUCUUCCGGCCGAGCGAUGGCAAGCUUCUCCUGCAGCAGCGCGCGACGGAGAAGAUCACGUUCCCGGACAUGUGGACAAACACCUGCUGCUCGCACCCACUGGACGACUUCGCGGAAGAGAAGGACGAGAAGGAGCACCGUGGCGUGCGCGUUGCUGCGAGCAGGAAGCUCGAGCACGAGUUGGGGAUCCCCCAGAGUCAGACGCCAGUGGACGAGUUCCAGUACUUGACGCGGAUCCACUACCUCGCACCGUCCGAUGGGACGUGGGGGGAACACGAAGUGGACUACAUUCUAUUCUUGACGGCGGACGUUGACGUGACCCCGAACGCCAAUGAGAUCCGCGACCACAAAUAUGUUAGCAAGGCCGAGCUGCAGGCCAUGUUCGAGGACCCAGCGAACUCCUUCACACCCUGGUUCAAGCUCAUCGCCCGCGACUUCCUCUUUGGAUGGUGGGAUGAGUUGCUUGCUCGAAAAGACGCUUCGGGCAAGGUUGUCGCGAAGAGCCUCGCAGGCCUUGUCGAUGGCAGCAAAGUCGUCAAGAUGGUUUAGGUCUGAGACGCUCGUCAUUUACGCGGGAUCGAAGCAAGCACACAUCUCGAGAGGACCGUUAAUGUCAUCGCACGAUCUUUUGUCUACGAAUAUAGUACAGUAUGGUACGGAGGUAUCGAAGGAGGAGCCCUUUAAUGGUACAUGUAUGAUACAAGAAGCGAACAUCGUCCAGUGAACAGGUAUGUACCGGAGCACUCAAGCCACUGUCCAAGCACACGCAAGCUAAGCGAAAGCGGGAUCGACAACAUUUGGAAGUACUGUACGUGUCCGUGCCCGUGGCAGAAGUAACCAGAAGGAACCCAUAGCUAUGAACGCACACCAGAAAA